AUGGAUUGGAGAAUACUGAAAAAUCACCGAUUUACUCCAAACCUAGUUACCACGCAAAGGAAACAUGCUAGUUUAAUUGUCACAAUUAAACCACUACGGUAGUGUUGUUAGUUUCCUGUGUGUAAAUGACAUCACAACAAGCUUUAUUGGUUUAGUGAUAUGAUAUCUCUCGCCUUAAGCUUUUCUGAUUCGCUAGUUUCAUUUCCUUAGACAAGGCCUAUUUUUACGUAGAAAACGCAUGGUCUCUUUACUUUAGCUUUAGUUAGAUUUCGUCGUCUUCAUGUUUACAUUGUUGUAGUCUAUUUGGAUAGUUCAUUUCUUGGUACUUAGAGGCAAGCGGGAACCAAUAUGUAAGUACAUUUUAUCUUCCGUAGUUUUCUCUAUCUGGCGACUCAUAGAGUAUAUUUCUUUUGUCCUAUUACGCGUUUUUGGCAAAGUUUUUUUAAACCGGAACAGCUACGAAAAUGAAAAUAUGAUUGGAAUGUCGUAAAAUGUUAUGUUAUCUGUUAGCCAAACUAUAAUAAUUGUAAGCGUACUUUAGCUUUUAGUAAUUAUUUGUUACGUUGCGUUAUAUUUCAGUUUACGGUUCGAUUAUCGUCAAUAAAAUCACCAUCAAGGACUAGCUCCUAGUUUCGUGGUCAUAGUUGAUUCAUGAUCGACCAGUAAAAUAUACCCGCUCACACGGAGUUUCGCCGCCACAUUGGCCUCUCCUACAGUCGCAGCGUAUCAUCCGUAACACUGUGCAUGCCUCACGUUCAUAUGUUCUACAUGUGCGAGGCGUUCAUUUCAUCCUCUUCAAAGUCCCCUCAUUUCUUAAACUCAUUGUAAUGUCAACGUUAAUACUUGUAGCUCAAUAGCUUAAACUGUAAGUAACGGUAAGUUUUUAAGGGAAAUCUUUCUUCGUGUAGUGUUCACGUCCUUCAUAAAACGUCGGUGUAUUAGAUGUUACUAAAACGAGGAACGGAGAACGGGAAAAUGAAAAACCUGGGAUCAAAAUCUAAUCAGUAACUUCAUUACACAUUCUCUGUAUUGUUCCUAUUUUUCCGCCGCCCGGUUAGCUCAGUUGGGAGAGCACCGGUGAGGUCGCUGGCUCAAACCACGGCGAGAGUAACAACCAGGGUCUUUAAAAAACUCGUGUCCCAGUUCAGAUGACCGUGUCAUUGGGCGGUGACUUUAAGCCGUUGGCCUUGUCUCCUUCAUUCUUCUUUCAUUAAUCAAAUCGAAGGGGACGUAAAAGAACUCACUCUUCUGUUUGGAAAGAGUAGGGGAAUUUUCCCCGGUGGUGUGGUCUACCUUUCACGCAUGAGAGGACACAGAGGAUUUUUACUGGAAGUACAGUACCCUGGAGAGUUAUGAGCUUUGUUAGCACUUAAUCUCAUUUAAUAUUUCAAGCUCCUCUAAAGUGCUAACAUUUCUGUGUCAUGGCGAGACUUUUCAAUGCAUUAAGUUUCAGCAUACAUUGCAAGAUAAUCUUCAUUUCGCGCCAGAAUUUCACGGUUUUGUUUGCGCGUUUUUAAAGUACCUGAAAUCACUCGGUUCCUCACAAUACAGGCCUGCGUUGUUUCUCGAAUACAUUGCCUUGGCGAGGACCUGGCCUUUUACUUCUUUUGCCCCCUCGUCUUUUCUUUUUCUCGGGAAUUGUUUAUAUUUGUUCGUAGUGAGAAUAUAGAUCAGAAUGCGCAUGGUGGAUGUUAUUUUCGCAACAACUAAUACAUGCCGCCCAAUAACAAGGAAGGGUGCUGGAUUUUUCUCAUUCUUAGAGAAUGAAAGGUAAAAAAAACGGCUACUCUGAGGUAAGAAUUGAAAGUUUUAAUUAGUUUCUCAGCGAAAACACUCGUAAAGAAAUUUAUAUCGCUAGCUUGUGCUCAGUAAUACCUUAAACCACGCAAUGACUCCAUAAAUUCGAUUCGUUUUUUCGUCGAUCGGCAACAUUCGAUAACGUUCUCUUCGCUUUGUAAAGUGCAUGUGAUUUAUUUCUAAAACCCUUUAAGGACGGUGCCUUGUUCAGUGGUUCAUUUGCUUGGCCUGGACGAUUCCCGUUGUGCAUGAGCUGCCACGCAUAACAAAUGCUCUGGAGCUGAAUAGCACAUUCAAAAGAGGGUCUGGAUGGGGUUAGAGCGAUUUUCGUAUGACCUUGAAAAAUGGUUUCGGUAAGUGUUCAUUAUUUGUUUUAUCAGCCAAUGGAUGAAAAGAUCAAAACAUGGCCUCUUAGUUUUCCCUCCAAAGAAAACCCUAAUAUGGACUAGGCAUUGUUCGAUUGGCCAAUCGUGUUGCAGUAUGACGUCAAAGCGAAGUAUGGGUUGGUUUCUAGAAAGUUCUCGGGCAUGAAGUUUUUUCACCCGAGUGUUCGCUUAACCAACCAAAAGCCACCCGCGUUUGUAUGUGUUCGAUAAACCAAUCAAAUUGCUCCAUUUCUGUUCGUUUGUUGUGUCUGUAUUGUUCGCGCGUUUUCAUUUUAAGGUCAUACGAAAAUCGCUCUAACUGACAACUGACAAAUAGCCAAAAUUUUAACUGACAAAUGACAAAUGGCCGAAAAUUUAACUGACUACUGACAUUUGCCUUAGGUUUUACUAACAAUUGACAAAGGACCUGAUUGACCCUUAUUUUCUACAAAACCCGGCAUUGUUCCAUUUUUUGUCAUCAGAUGUGCGUUUUUAGGGGUAACCUUAGCAACAAGACGCUUAUAAUUAAGUGUCAUAUUUCGUUAAUGAUUUUACUGCAGUAAAACCCAUGUGUGUCAUGUACCAUCUGUUGUAAAUGACCCAUGAUCUCAAAUUUACGCUCCUCUGAAUGGCUCCUCAGACUGAGGGCGUUACAAAGACAACUGCAAGUUUUUACUGAGAUGACUGAGAGACGGUUUUUCCUGGUCUUCUUACGAUCUACAUCCUAAUAUUAUACCUGCCAACUUUUUCUGAGUCAAAUGCGUGAGAUGACUGAGAUUUCCGGAAACGUUCCGGCGACUUCCGAAGAUUUCCGACGAAUUUCCGAAGACUUCCAAACGUUGCCAAAAAUUAAAUGUCCGCAGACUGUUCCCAAAGACGUUUGAGCACUUCUGAAACUACUUAAAAGACGACAAUUUUAGUGUGCUUUGAUGAUUUCGUUAGAACACAAAAAAGGACUCAAAGUCAUCAUGUGUUAAGAACAAUUUGUCUGGAUUUGUGAGUCAGGCGUCAUAAAUUGUCCUUGAUGCGUGAGAUCGAUGUCUUAAGUCCACAGGCGUGAUUAGACUCACGCAUAAUGCGUAUACAAUAUUCUGAUGGUAUAAAUUUUGAUUGGCCUAAAGGUUGGCAAUGUUGGACUCUGGCCAGCAACCACGUUCGAGUGGAGGAGAGUAACACAAGACUUAAGAAAAGGAAGGGCCACUCGAAAUGCUUACGAGUUCAAGUUCAUUUAUUAACACUUAUUAAAUUACAAUACAAAAACAAUAAGAAAAAAAAGAAGUAAAAACAGAGCUAACUAUACAUUGAAUUUUAACAUAACAAAGGAAAAGAGUGUGUAGCAGCCAAAGGAGCCAAGCUUUCGAGUCGGCUACUACCACAGAGCGGUUACAACAAGUGGGUGGAGGUUAUACAGUACUUACAAAAAACUAUUUAAAUUAAAUAAUUAAAUAAAUAGAGCUAAAUAACAAAUUAGAGUUGUUCAAGAUGCCUGACUGUCAAGUAGAAAGAGUUCAUAUUCCUUUUUAAAACUGUUCGAGGGGAGACACUUAAUUUUCAUAGUAAAACUGAUAAUUUUCAUGGUAAGACUGAUAAAAAUUAAGGUACUAUUGCAUCAGUGUUCGAAUUUAAUGUUUAAUUUCGUGCCUUUUCAGCCAAAUUUCGAAUCAAAAAUAUACAAAUAAGUUUCAUAGUUAAUCAUUAAUAACCAUUUAACUGACAACUGACAGAAAGCCUAAAAUUUAACUGACAACUGACAACUGGCGGAAAUUUUAACAGAUAACUGACAUUUGUACCCCCUCCCCCCCAUACAGACCCCCUAGUUUAAAACUAACUUCCUUUCGAACUGGCGGACGGCGCCUCCCAUACAGUUCGAUAUAACAUAUCCUACUCCUCUUCCUUGUUUAAAACUAACUUCGUUUUCGAACUGGCCGACGGCGCGUCCCAUACAGUUCGAUGUUACAUACUCUACUCAUGUUGUUGGUUCAAAACAAAACUAACUUCUUUCAACUUUCGAACUGGCGGACAGCUCGUCAGGAAUUAAUGUAUCAAUACACUCGUGCGAUUUCAUCAUGCCGGGUUUUCAUUGAAGAAUUAAAUAGGUUAGCGCAAUAGAGUCCUUCCCCUCGCUUCACGCUUGGUUUUUAUUUUGCAUAUUUAUAUUUGCUCAUCUCGCACGUGCGACUGAGGGGAAGGUAUGUUAGGAAUGCUAGUACAAUGUACUAAGGGCCUCUUCAUAUGAGCCCGGUUUCCGAGAUCUCGCCUCACCUCUAAAUCCUUCGUAAAAUUUUCGAUGUGUUCAUAUGAGAGGGCGGGCUGGCUCGGUUCCCGAGAUCUCGGUUUUUCCAACCGAGAUCUCGGUAAGCGGGCUGGAAAUUUUGCCAUAUGAACACUUCAGCCCGGUUACCGGGAUGAACGGCGGGAUGAAUUCUGGCGCUCCGGAUGGCAUCGUCUUGCAUUGCCUGCUGUAUUUUCCACAUCAUAAGCAUACCAUUUAACUGCAGUGAUACAGCUUUAAGAGUUACCUGUGCUAAGAUAGGCCCAAAAGUUAAAAUUUUUGUGUUUCGCUAUGUUUGCUUUGUUUCCUAAAUUUGGCGCCAGAACUCGUACCCAGGAUCUUUGACCUUUUCUCAUCUCGGAAACCGGGCUGAAAUUUCUCAUAUGAACCCAAAGCAAAAUUCAUCCCGGUAACCGAGCCAGCCCGGUCAACCGGGCUCAUAUGAAGAGGCCCUAAGGAUUCCUUUGCGGUACUUACAGUCGAUGCCCCGUGCGUCCUGUCAUGCAUCACGCAUCACGUAUCAUUCAUAUCAUGGGUUAUGGGUGGGUUACAGUAAGCUUACAUGCCGCCGACGUCCGAGCUUACUGUUUACAUGUAAAGAGGGCGCGUCUUGUUGUCGCCUGUUACACGACAUUACAUUUUUCAUUCUUCGUGCUCGUUCCCCGUUCCACGAAGGGGGCGUUUGAUUGAACGUGCUCCGGAAUGGGAGAACAGGGAAUAAACUCUAGAAGCCAAGGAACCGGAGUCAUGACCUUUACACAUUUAUGCCAAUUUAUAUUGCACUCAAUACACUUAGGAAUUUGAUCAAGUUUAUUCAGUGACUACAAAUAUUAAUAGAGUUGUCAGUUGUCAUCCCCAGAAUGUUUCUUAUCGUUCUCGCUAGUUUUUGCUUUCAGUUUACUUAUGCAGGUGCGGAAAUUAAACCCGGUGAACCUCCUUUGGUGAUAGUCUCCUUAGAUGGAAUGGAUUGGCGUGUUCUCAAAAAUCACCGAUUUACUCCAAACCUUGACUUCAUCGCACAAACCGGGGUAACUGCCGACUACAUCAAGAACGUCGUACCCUCUAGCACUUGGCCAAAUCACCACAGUAUUCUAACAGGUGUUUAUUCCGAAAACCACGGUAUCGUGGCGAACAGGUUCUGGGAUCCCGUCUACGAAGAAAUGUUCAUCUUCCUCUUCGACUGCUCAAACUUUGAUCCCAAGUUCUACAACAACUCGGAACCAAUAUGGCUGACACUCCAGAAACAAGGGGGGCGAAGCGCGUCAUAUUUUUGGCCUGCAACAACGAGCUACGCUGAAAAGCCUACUUACCACGCAAAGGAAACCUGCUUGUUAGAUUGCAGUGCCAUCAAUUCCAAGGAUCUCCCAAAAUAUAGAAAUCGGACUCUGCCUGGAUUUCCACCUUACGUACACUGUGUCUUUGACCUAAGAGGUCCAUGGGCUGACCGCGUGAAUAACGUAACGCAUUGGCUUCUCUCUGAUGCACCGCCUCAUUUUGUCGCUUUGUACUUUGAAGAACCCGAUACCACGGGGCACGAACACGGGCCUUUCUCCCAACAGUACCUGGAUGCAGUGGAAAACGCGGAUAAAAAUGCCGUGGGGUUUUUACUGAAGCGACUGAAUGAAUCUCAUCUUCUGGAAAAGGUAGGAGUCUUUCAGAGAGUGCCAUCUAGUAUCCUAGUGGCGUAUAUGGCCUAUAGAUUCGAAUUAAUUCUACAAGAAACAUGAUUAAAAGCAUACAAGCUAACAAGUAAGAACGCGCUUACAGCGGCAUUCAGAUCUCGCCUCGCGAAAUGAGGAGGCGAUUUUCUCGCUUUACUUCCUACUUUAUCGACGUCGAUACUUUUAUUUGUCUCUAAAUUGGUUUAGUACGCGUGUUAGCGACGAAAAACGCGUUGCAGAUUAUGAGUCUCGCUGCUUACGCAAGCGAGACUAAUAAGGUCGGAUCGUCAAUAUGCGAAACAUUUUUUUAUAUACAUAGCCACACUUUGUGGUCUCACGCACAGAAUAAAAUCUGGAAUCUAAGAACAGAUUUGGCCAAGUUUCAGUCACCGAGCGUUUUACUAAUUGCCAUUCACUGAGAAACACCUGCAGCUUUUAACUAGACUUUCAGUUCGACUAAACUGAGCAAGCUUUGCUACUGACACGUGCAAUGCACGAAGCAUGUCGACGACAGCAAUAGGGACCUUAAGAUCCGACGACGGCGACGGCAACGGGAACGCUACAAUAGCAAUAGGUUUAAUUAGCAAAACAACAAUUUUGCACGUGCAUCACGCUUUUUGUACAUUUCUUUGCCGUCAUUGUACGACUACGACGUGAAAAUGCCUAAUGUCACGAUGUACAGAGGAAGUACACAAGCGACGACGAGAUUUCCUCUCUCUUUCUGAACUUGGAUAUGGUUCUUAGGAAUUCAACUUUAGGAGAGUUCGCCUACAUUUGACAAAGUUAGUGACUUGGAGUAGUCGCGAUAAAGAUUGAAAGAACGCGAAUUCACUUUUUCCGCGACGUUUUCACUGCCGUCGCCGUCCUCGGAUCUUAAGGUCCCUAAUAUUUGAAGAGGAAACGCCCUCAGACGCCCUGACGCCCUCAGCUUGCAUAAUAGGCACUUUAAGAUCCAACGACGCGGACGACAACUAGAACGUCAAAAAAACAAAAGGUUUAAAAAGCAAAAAAACAACUUUGCACGUGCAUCAGACUUUUUUUUUGUACAUUUCUUUCCCGUUUUUCCCAGACUACGACGUGAAAAUGCCUAAUUUCGCGUUUUAUAGAGGACGUAAACAAGCAACGACGAAAUUUUAUUUCUCUUUCCGAGCUUGAAUAUGGUCUCUCGAAAUUCAGCUUCGGGAGGGUUCGCCUACAUUUGACAAAGCAAGUGGUUAGGAAUAAUCGCUAUAGAGACUAAAAGGGCAGACUGAAAGAACGGAAAUUCACUUUUUAAGCGACGUUCUUCUCGCCGUCGCGUCGUUGGAUCUUAAAGUCCCUAAUAGAGGGCGUUUUUUGGUGCUACGGAAACCAUUGAUGGUUCGCUUUUGUUUUUUAAUGUGUUCAGUUCCUUUUCAAUCUUUUGUAAAACGUCGUUUGGUGAUUGCACCGUAAGGCAAGAUUCACACUGUACGGUACCGGUCGAAAAUUCGUACGUUUAGAUGUUCCAUUCACACGGAACCAGACUGACCGUACGGAAAUUUAAACGUUUAAAUCGAGGUCAAAUUUUUGACCUGUACGGUCGUCGUAGCUUGAGAAAACAGCCGACAUUUGGGCAUGCUACCACUGGUUUCCCGCCCAAAGACAUCUGAGAAACGAGCGCAGAAAUUCCAUACUGAUGACGCAUCACUACCCAGAUCUGGGCAGUGCUUCCUGAUUGGUCGUGCACGCCGCGUGGGAAAUUUGAAUUCGACCAACCAUCGUACAUUCGUACAUUCGAUUAACCUGACAUGAGCCAAGCGAGGCGAACGUGGCAUUUCACCCGAAGCGCGAGAAGAGGGGAGGAUCGAAACGCCGAAAUGCCGCGUUCGCCUCGCUUGGCUCAUGAAGAGCCUAUUAUGCAAGCUAACUUGAGAUCAGGGUUGGUGACGUGGUGUGGGAUUUUUUAACCACUGAAAAAUACAAGGCGCACUUUUGCUAAGACCAAGCAAUUUUAUAAUUUCUUUUUUUUACAGUUUACAGUUGUAACUUCCUUUUGCAGGUGAAUUUGAUAAUUGUCAGUGAUCACGGAAUGGACAGCACUUCAUCAAGCCGACAGGUGUAUUUGGAUGAUUACAUUGACUCGAGCAGUUACUUCUUGACUGAGUGGGGUCCCCUAGUUCACAUAUGGCCACACCCUGGAAUGAAAGAAGCCAUCUAUCAAAACCUGACGAAGAACCCCAUACCGUACAUCCGCAGAGUUUUUCUAAAAGAAGACAUUCCCCCGGAAUAUCAUUGGAAAAACAACCGACGAAUCCCUCCGAUUUUUAUUGAUCCCGAAGUUGGUUGGUUCGUAACUCGGUCUAGAAACGAUAGUCCUCCUAACCUAGGGCAACAUGGAUGGCCCCCUGUGGAAUCGAAGAGCUACUCGGUUUUCUAUGCUCGUGGCCCCUCUUUUCGGGAGGGCGCGGUUGUGGAGCCUUUCAAAACGGUCGAUCUCUAUCCCUUAAUGUGCAAAUUGCUUGGGAUAGAUCCUCGUCCCAAUAACGGCUCCCUCGAAAACGUCGAAGCUGUUUUAAAAGAUCCAAGCUUAUCUGGAAAAGUUCAGUUUGUUCCAUUACCAAAGCUUGAUUUGAUAAGUUUGUUGUUUGCAAUUGUUUUCACAUUGGCUUAA